CGCAGCUGGCAGGAGCUAUGGAGCGGGAACCGGGGACGGGCUGAGGCGGCGACAUAUUGUGUUCAGUAGAGAAUUAAACCAGAUAAGACAAUUCAGCUGAUGAACAGACAUUAACACUGAUGACCGUGAACCAUUCCAGCCUGCUCUUUCAUAGCUUCCUAACAAUGAAUGUGUGCUAAAAUAGCUCUUCUGGGACACAAAGCACCGUUUAAAGUCAGUAGUUGUCUUUUUGGUACAUCAUCAGUCCAGCCACCAGGUAGAGUCAUUUUGGAGUAUUUUUAGGGAUAGGGAGAAUCCUUCCCAGGAAAAUUUGGGAUGGCACACGCUCGUAUCUCAGCCAACCUUCCCCCUGAUAUAGAUCCCACAAAAGCUCCCAUUGCAUUUGGAAAGAGGGCCCUUCCUAAACUGAAUGAGGAGUUACGUUCUCCUGAGCUGCUGACUCAGCAGCGGGCACUGAUGGCGCUCUGCGAUCUGGUCCAUGACCCAGAAAAUGUCUACCAGGCAAUAGGAGUAGGAUUCUUGGAUAACCUGAAGACUUUGCUGCUACAUCAUGACAGUACUGUCCGACAAAAAACAACAGAAAUCCUCUAUAUAAUGGCUAUGCAUAAUGUUGGCAGGCAAGGGUUGAUACAAAGUGGAAUGAUUUCUGCCCUCACUGAGCUCUUGGAGGAUCCAGUAGAUAUCUGUCGGAAGAACACACAUCAGAUUUUUGAAAUGAUGGCAAAAUUACAUGAAGGGGCUGUUGGCAUAUCGCAUGCCGGUUUGAUUCCCUUACUUGUAUUCAAAUUGAAGACUGAGUUAGAUGAAAUCCAGGAGCUAAUCCUUGAUACGCUCUCCAACUGUCUACGUGUGGAGGCUUCUGAAGCUUUAGCAACUGGUGCCAUUACUAUCCUGAAGGAAAAGCUCAAACACUCAUCAGCAGCUAUCAGAAGCAAAGCAGCUUGGGUCCUGUUAGAAAUUUGUACUCAUCCAGAAGGAAAAAGCAUGGUAUGUGAAGAAGUUAUUCCUGUGCUGGUGAGCCUGUUGGAAGAUACAGAUCCUGAAGUCCAAGCUAGUGCAACAGGAGCACUGAUGUUUGCUACUGUUAAACCUCAGGGGAGAUUCUUAGCCCUAGGUGCUGAAGCCAUUCCACCUUUACUGAAGCUGGUUGCUGAGGAAACCAGCAAAGCCCGUCUGAGUGCAAUCAAAACCCUCACCAUGCUGGCUGAGCUACCAGAGGGCCGCAAGACACUCCUAGAUCAUACAGAUAUAUUUCAGCAGUGUCUGAAUGAUCCCUGUGAGGCAGUGAAAAGAGCUGCCAAAAUCGCCAUCAGUGUCAUCGAAUGGAAACCUUUCUGAAGACGUGAUGUUUCACAGAGAUCUAUUGCCCUCUGUUGUUGUCUGGCUGUAAAAGUUGCAUGAUUAUGAGACACCUUCAAAACCAAAACUCUUCCUCGGUUACUCUGGAUCAGUUCCUCCUGAAAAGUCAUUUGUCAACAGUUUCACAUCGAUAUUGCAGGUCAUGAGCAGAAUAAUGGGGAAAAAGAAAAGUUAGGAAGUGUAGAAUUCUCUACUAGGAGUUAUUUCCUGAGUUAUCAAGAUUUUCCUGUGAUACAAGAAACCAAUCCUUUUUGUUUUCUUCAUAACGUUCUCUCCUUUUUUUUUUUUUUUUAAACUCUGAAGAGUUUUGCCAUUGUGGCUCACUUCUGGGGGAGAUGGAGGGGGUGAGAGGAAAGCUGAUCCUAAUGUUACGAUCUCGUCCAACAGGAGUUGGACAAGACAAUCUCCAGAGGUCCCUUCCAACCUCACGUAUUCUAUGGUAAACAGCUGUCUAAACAGAGAGAUCAGGAGAUAAACAGAACAAAGAACUGAAAAUGUCAAUUCC